AUGGCUUCUUUCAAGUGCUUGAUCUUUGCUGCAUUCUUCAUUGCUUUAUCAUUUGAAGUUGGCUUGGCUGCUCGUCAUCUUCAGCAAUUGCCACCUUCAGUACCAAAUUUUCCAAAGCCUACACUGCCACCAUUGCCUAGUGUUCCAACUCUUCCUCAGCCCACUAUGCCUACAAACCCAUCUCUGCCUAACCCUACACUGCCUCCACUUCCAAGCUUGCCUACUGUUCCGAAGCUUGCUUUGCCUCCAUUGCCGAACAUCCCCACAAUCCCCACUAUCCCAACAAUUCCUUCCAUCCCAUUCCUUUCUCCACCACCUGUCAGGGUAGAGGCGCGUCAUCUCCUGGAGACAACAUUGCCUGAGGUACCUGAGCUUCCUAAACCUGAGUUGCCUAAGCUGCCACCACUGCCUAAUGCUGAGCUUCCACCAUUGCCUGAAGUUCCAACCUUGCUAAAACCUGAAAUUCCUACUCUGCCAAAACCUGAAUUGCCACCUUUUCCCCAUCUUCCUAAUGAGUUGCCCAAGCCCACAUUGCCUACCAUACCAAUUCUUCCCAAGGACGUCACACCACCUCAGUCAACUACUAGUCCUUAA